AGCCUCAUGUGAGGAAUAACAAGAUCAUUCACAAGCUGUCAAGCCUCAGACAUGGAUCAGUUGUUUUGGUUUUCUCUCCUGCUCACCUACCUUCCAGUAACAGAGAGCAUGAAAAAAGAGGAGAGCUGCUUAUUACAGCCAAACAAGGUGAUCUGGCGGAAAACAGGACAAACUGCUGUUGUCAAUUGUACCAGUUCACAUUGUUCAGGCAGACCCCUGCAUUAUGAGUGGUUUACUUUCAAAGAAAACUUCCACCUUCAUCUCAACCUGAAUAGCAAUUCUCUCAAGUACAGCCUGGACGGAGCAUCUUUAAUCAUCAAGUCACUUGAUGCUAAUGACAGCGGGAUCUACUACUGUGCUGCAGUAUCGAGUGGACCCCCAGGAGCCGGCGCCCAGCAUGUAGGGUUGGGUACAACUCUUGUAGUGAGGGAACAAAUUAAAACAAUGGCAAGGCCCAUUCUUCUGUGGGUAUCAUUUGUCCUCUUGGCCAUCUACAGCUUGGCAGUAGUGACACUUAUUCUAAAGAAGCAUGGCUGCAAUAUGAGCAUCUGCAGAAGGAAGUGCAAAACUGACAAGAAUACCUCAACUAAAAAAGCACAAUUCCAUGACGUGCUACAAGAAAUGUACAGCAGACGGAACUUGGACAAAGGCAAAAAAACUGUGGGCAGAAACCGUUCUCAAGCGGAGUUGCAGGCUGCAAGCACAGAGUUCAAGAGCUCAACUGAUGACGUCUAUCAAAAUGUAAAAAUUCCACAGCCAUGAAACACCUGAUGGUGGAUGCCGUCAUGUGACAGAGGAGAUGAGCACAUCAUCAAAGACUGCAAGUUAGUCAUUUGCUUGUUCACCUUUUCUCAUGAAUUGAGACAUAACAACCAAUACAAAGGGCCUGAGUUUUUCAGUUUCAGCAGUGACAGACAGACGGCCCUCUGUUCAGGUGUUUGCAGUUUUAUCUACAUUAUGUCGAUUGUAAUUCAAUUUCUUGCAAAACCACACCCAGAAAAAGAAAGAAGAGAAAAUCCAAUCCAAUACAGAAAUGUACCCGAGUCACAUCAUUUUAAUCCACCAAUUUCAUUUCUUCCAUAUAUCUUGGAUUUUAGAAAGCCGCAAGAUAGAAAAAUAACUUGUGAAUUGUACUUUCAGGAAUAGAGAGUAGAAAGAAGCACAAAUUUUCUGCAAAUAAGGUAAAUGUUAGAAGACAUGGUCAAUUCCUAUUUUGAUAUAUAUAUCAAGAUUAUCUAAUUAUUGACUAACGCUUCUCAACAAAUAAGGAAAGCACAAACUUAUAUCAACAUUCUGGGCAUAGUUGUGUACAAACUAAGCAAAUUUAAUCAAAAACCAUGGAAUAUAACAGAAAAUGUUACAUUCAAAUAUACUUUCAUUAAAAGGUCCCAUGGCAUGAAAAUGUCACUUUAUGAGGUUUUUUAACAUUAAUAUGAGUUC